AUGAGCGCAAAGUUAGUGGACGAGGUUCCUGCGUGUCUCAGGGUCGUGGGCAGUUUAUUGAAUAAAGAUGUUUACGUGGCGGAGGGAGAGUUGACCUCACACAGCUCCGUGGUUUUUAAAGAGGAGCUCGAGGAGCCUGAUGGGGAACCUGGUGAUGAUGAAGGCGGUGAUCUUCUGCUGGACGACAGGAGCGCACCUGAGCUUCAUCUCCACGGGGACUUGGCGCAGUACGUGGCAACUUUACGCACGCACCCAGCGGCGUUUUCUGGGAAGUUCUCGGUGGAGUCCAGAGGCGCAGGGGGACCGUGGACACCGGGGGACGUCAUCAACGUGGUCUGCGCUGACAUCGUCUCCCCUGACCCGACCACCGUGCCUGGGUCGACUCCAGCCUCUCCCGAUAUUUACGCAGGAGGAGGGGGAGAGGCCGCGGACAUGGCGCACGGUCAGCCGGACAUCAGCCACAUGUACGCGCCCCCUCACCCUCACUCUCACCCUCACUCUCACCCACAUUCACACCCACACCCCCACCCUCACCCCCACCCGGCUCCUUCCUACUCGUGCAGUGCAGACAUGUACCCAGACCAGCCCUCAGGUGGAUACUAUCACGCGGCUCCGUCCUACAACUCUGCGCCCAAACCUUCAGUGGACGGCGCCGCGCUGCUCUCCAUCAUGCCGGAGUACGGAGGCUUCUACCAGCAGAGCUGCCAGAGAGACAUCCAGGUGGCUUUCCCCGAGAGGAAAUCCCUCCCGUAUCCGCUGGACUCCCUCAGGAUGCCUCCGCCUCUCACACCUCUCAACACCAUCAGGAACUUUACGCUCGGUGCGCCCUCACCGGCCUCCGAUGGGCCAAUGGCCGCCGCCUUCCCCAGCCACCAGAGCCUCCCACUGAGACCCAUCAUGAGACCCAGAAAAUACCCGAACCGGCCCAGCAAGACGCCGGUGCAUCAGAGGCCGUACCCGUGUCCGGCGGAGAGCUGCGACCGCCGGUUCUCUCGGUCGGACGAGCUGAGCCGGCACCUGCGCAUCCACACGGGCCACAAACCCUUUCAGUGCCGCAUCUGCAUGCGCAACUUCAGCCGCAGCGACCACCUCACCACGCACAUCCGCACGCACACCGGAGAGAAACCCUUCUCCUGUGACCAGUGCGGGAGGAAGUUCGCCCGGAGCGACGAGAGGAGGCGACACAUGAAGAUUCACCUGCGGCAGAAAGAGAAGAAAACCUCUGCGUCCUAAUCUCUGGUCUUGGAGUCCUCAGAUCCAGUGGUCCUCGGGUCCUCGGGUCCUCUGGUCCCCUGGGUCUGCUGCAGGAAAACUUUCUGUCUGAGCCACAUCUGGUCUGAACUCAAACUUUAACAGGUGGUUUAUUGUUCUCAGAAGAAAGUUGUUUGAAAUCCUAACCUGAAAUCAGGGAGAAUCAGACAGAAGUCACUAUUUAUCACAGUGAUGCAGAACCUGGAUUUUCUGAACAUUUGUGGCUUAGAUUCAGUGAAGUCUAGAUUUUGAAAGACAGGUGGUGCCAGGACUCCGUGGCAAGAAAUCAUGCUCUCAGGGAUUCAACCACACUUCAGACCAAGAUCCUGCAGACGAGUGUGAUUCAGGAGGAUUUUCACUUCGACUCCAUAAAUAAAAAACACCAGAGUUUCACUUAAAAACUGUCCAUUCUAAUUUAAUUGAA